AUGAAGUCCUAUGUAAGGAAAACAAAAGGGCUUAUGAGUCAUAAUUACUUGCAAUUGGUCCUUAUCAGCAUGGUAAAGAAACCUAAAAUGAUGGAAGGGCAUAAAUUACGCUACCUGCAAGAGUAUCUUGAACGAGUAAAGGAGUCAAGUGUGGGUAAAUAUGUCGAAGCCAUGGAAGUAUUGGAAGAACCUACAAGGAAUUGUUAUGCAGGACACGUAGAACUUAGUAGGGAUGAGUUUGUGGAAAUGAUGCUACUCGACGGGAUUUUAAUAAUGGAAUUACUGAGAAAAUUUAGGCCUCCGGAGUUGAGAAAAAUAGAUAUUUUACAGUUGAGCAGAAUACGAAUUAUUUUAGUUCAAGAUAUAUUGUUAUUUGAAAAUCAACUACCUUUGUUCUUCCUCAAUCGGCUAUCGGACAUGACCAAAGAACCACACUUUUCAGUGGAAGGAGAUUUAUGGACUUGCCUCUAUAAGCAAGUCAGUUUCAUACGGAAUUAUCGAUUUACAUGUCAACCUACGGCAGGAGAUUUGCAUCAUCUUCUAGGCGUCAUGCGUUCUCGCAUGCGUCCUUCAUUUCUGGAUCGCUUGGGUCAGCCCAUAUUCUUCGUUCCGAAGCUAACAAAAUGUGCCACAAAACUUCAGGAGGCCGGGAUUAAAUUGACAGUGGCCUUCAGUCGUGACUCAUUGCUGGAUAUAGACUUCAAAAUGGGGAUCGUAACGAUCCCGUGGUUUUGCAUUAAAGAUGAUUUCGAGAUAUUUUUCAGAAAUCUAAUAGCAUACGAGUUGUAUGCUCAUGAAAAUGAAUGGGCGUAUGGGACUAAUUAUAUGGAGUUUAUGAAUAACCUCAUCAAGUCACCAAAGGAUGUCAAAAUACUUCGCCAAUGUGGAAUUUUAGCUUCUGUUAUUCCCAAAUACGCAGUCAAAUUGAGGAGCACUUGUGAAUGA